AUGGCAAGGGUCGGGAACCUCUGUCCCGAGGGCUGUAUAUGGCACUUGAGAUCAUUUGGUGUGGCCCUCGGGGAUUGCUGGGCCAAACCAAGUCAUGUGGCAGCCUUUCUGGGGCUUGACUGGCCAGCGAGGAUUGUGGGGCCCAGCAGGAAUCACAGGGCCCAGAUGUACUGUGCAGCAGCCUCCUUGGGGUCUGGCUGGCCGCCCAGAAUUGCUGCAGGGCUUGGGAAAGUUACUGUCACAGUUCACAAUGAUCCAAGUUUUGGAUCCAAGGCCUCUGUCCAGUUCCAUCAUGCCUGUAGAUGUGGCCAUGAGAAUCUGUCUAGCUCGUUCUCCACCUGUGAAGAGCUUUCUCAAUCCAUUGGAUGAAUAUCGGAGAAGAAACUUUGUGGACCGAUUUAAGCCUCUUAGACCAUGCCUCCAUGUGAAACGUGAGACUGAGUCUCAGAGCAAUGACUGGAAACGCUCUGCUGGCCGAAGCAAAAAGAGAGUGGUCUUUGCAGAUUCUAAAGGUCUCUCGCUGACUGCAAUCCAUGUAUUCUCUGAAUUCCAGGAGAACCCAGCAUGGGAUCUUCAGUUUGAUAUGUUACAUCUUGAAGACAUAACAGCUGGCUUAAAAUUGCAUGAAGAAAAGAACUUGAUUCUGGGUUUCACUCAGCCGUCAGCUGAUUACUUAGACUUCCGGAACCGCUUGCAGAAGAAUUUUGUCUGUCUAGAGAACUGCACCCUCCAAGAAAGAGCUGUGUCAGGGACUGUGAAAGUGAAAAAUGUGAGUUUUGAGAAAAAGGUACAGGUCCGGAUCACCUACAACUCAUGGAAGACUUAUUCUGACAUAGAUUGCGUCUACAUGAACAAUGUAUAUGGAGACUCUGACAACGAUACCUUUUCUUUUGCUCUUGACUUGCCUCCAGCCGUUCCAAUAGAAGAAAAGAUUGAAUUUUGCAUCUAUUACCAAAGUGGAGAGCGUGACUUCUGGGACAAUAAUGACGGGAAGAACUACAAGAUUGUCCAUGCAGAAUGGAAGUCUGAUGGUGUCCAAGCACCAGCGUCACCCAAGAAAGACUGUAUGACACUCAAGUCCUCAAGGAAAGUGCAUGAAACAGGCUGUGAACAGCUCGGCAGCCCUCGGAUAUCUAAUGGCCUUUUCCCAGAAUGGCAAAGCUGGGGGAGGAUGGGAAACGCCUCUCCAUAUUGGUGAAGGAAAUAAGCUCCAGAGUUAUCUCCUGUCAGCAGUGGAACAUUAACUGGUCUCCUAGAAGGAUCUGCUGACCGCUUAAAAAACAAACCCAACUUGUUACAGCUUCAGAAAAAUCUAACUCCAUCAUGGACUUGAGAGAGAGAAUACAAAUUCAGUGACACUGUCUCCUCAUAUAGGAAGAGACUGGGUUGUUCAUAAAUGUGACUGUCACUUGCCUGAAUGAGAGAGGCUUGUUAGGAAGUAACAUUAUGUGUGUGGUGGCUUUUUUGUAAGGUAUGAUUGUUUGUAAGGGGGAUGUUGAAUACAGAGCCACAAAAAAAAAUUGUGCCUGUUAUAUAAGAUGUAGCGCAGACUGUGAGAGAUGCUGAACUCCCAAACCUGGGUCCUAAAAUCAAGGCUGGACAAAUCUUGAUAGUAACACCAUUCAUAGUUUUAGGAUUUUGGGAUAGGAGUAUCUCUCUUUCAGUGGGACUGAAGGGGAGAGAAAGAAGGGGAAGAUGUGUGAUAGCACUGUAUUAUAGGGAACAGUAAAGCUUUUUGGUGGGGGAUCUGGUGUCCCAAAUCGCAUGAAAAACUCUUCAAGAAUCUGUAAGCAGCAAGAAAAAAUGUCAAGAAAGAACAUCAGCCCUUCCAAUUCAAGUACUUCUCACAAAGAUGUGGGAGUGAAGAAGGGUUGCUAGUCUGUAGUCAGCUGCAUGACAAACAAAAAUUCAAUGGAUGUGGCUUUCCCUCAUAUAUGGACAGGCUGCACAUGUUCUGUUUGGAGAGGGUAGAGGAAAGAAGACAGGAGGCAGCAUAGGAUGGGGAUGGUGCUGAGGGAAUAGGCCUCUCAAUGGUCAUGGCUGUAGAAAUCCAUCCUGCUAGACAAUGGACUCGUUCUGCUUUCAUAACGCUUGUGAAACUGCAGUUCACAGGCAGGACAGACAGGCUAUGCCUUAAAGAAAAUACCAUAGAUUACAUAAAGAAUUUAGUUUAACAGACAGACUGCCUCUUGUAAAAUGCCUUAACCUAGAUAUUGUUGGCUAGUCUAUUGAUUUUUUGCUUUGUAAAAGUUUCUUUACCUUCCUUACCUUGCUCACUUUUGCAGAGGUUUUUAGUAAUAACUUACUCUUCAAUGGCUAGCCCUUCACAACUGUGAAAUAAACCUAAGCAAAUAAAAGUCCUUCAUAUUGAAGGGGUGAUAAUGCGGUUGUACUUUUCAAGCUAAUCAGUUUAAAAUGACAGUAUGCACCUUGCACAUAAAUAGAUAUAGGUUUUAAAAAUUCAUGCUCAGACCUCAUUAUUUUCUCCAUAGCUUUUACAGAUGCAGAAAGCUUUGUGUGUGACUUCAUAAAAAUACUAAUCUUUCCCCCAAAAGAUCACAUUUGUAAAUAAUAGCACAAAAUUUUGGACACAUAUUGUAUUGGACAAAGCAAAAUGGGAGUGCACAUGAAUCCCUAUGUUCUCUUCCUGCUUUGUAGUAGUGGUGUUUUUCUAUGGAAAUGUAAAUCACAGUGUUUGCUAUGCCAAUACUGAGAUGGAAUUUGCAUUGUAAAAAAGGGAAAAACCUCUUCCACCUGUUUUUUUUUCUACUGUAUCUCACUACUGUGUGCAUUCAUUAUUUUUAAAAUAAAUUGUGUUUUUGAUAA